CCCUUGGUCCCGUGCAACAAUUCGUUACAUAAAUGCAAGUAACCCAGCUUUCGAGUUUCCUAGUAUCUGUGCCGAUCCUUCAUAGAUGGUGUGGUGUCUGACUUUUGCGGUCCUAAGUAAAUCUCACCGGUACUAGAUUGCUUGCUUAAUUAUAUUUUACUAAAUAAACCUACUCUUAUGCUUGAGGUUUUAUUAGCUACAUCCAUGGAUCUGGUAUCCGGAUCUUCAUUUGAAAUCAAACAUCUAUGUUGGGAUGUUAAUUGUUAAGUAUAAAGAUACUUGCAUCAAAAUUAAGCAUACAUUUAAUGGAUUAAUCACUCAGAAUAAUCGUGGGCUAGGCGUGGAAAAGCAAACCAUAACAGUGAAAUUUGCUUUAAGUAACAGUUUUAGACUCAUUUUUUUAUUGCUUAGCCCGUUAAAAGUGUUUGUCUUGUAGCUGAAGUUGCUCCGUUCUUCACGCACUGUAUGAACACGAACCAUAUGAUCUUUGCACAGCUCCCAUGUCCUAACCACCCUACACCCACCACGAAGAGUAGAAGAUAUAAACAGAUGGACACGUAGCCCUCUUCCUCAUUUCUUUGGUGUACUUCUUCCACAAUUCAUGACUUGAAUCAGAUGUGGGUACAACCAAACUAGGUAGACGGGGUUGGCAAGAGUGGACUCUUGGGUGUUCAAGGACCAACCCCAUGCCAAAGUUAGCAACUUCGUCAAAGCCAUUGAUUGCGGUGCCUAACACUUUGGUCAUAUGGACUAGCUACAAUUGACAGUGCCUUUUAUUAAGGUAGAGACCGACAGUAUUUCCUUACCUGUUUGAUUUUUUUGUUGAAAGAAACUACUUUUGAUCCUUAAAAUGCAGCUUAUUCCAUCACCCACCAAAACCCAAGUUUCUUCUCGCUUGAUAAACCUCUACAUAAUCUCAUCUUCUGUCUGCACGCUCUUUCUUUUCGUAUCAUUCUUCCUGGUGCUUACAAGCUCCAAGACUUCGUAUAUUUCGUCCCAAGAUGGAUAUGCGACAACUCCUACUUCUCUUGACCAUGUUGUGUUCGGAAUUGCUUCGAACCAGAAAUCAUGGACGAGUCAGAGGAAGGAGUAUGUUAGGCUCUGGUGGAAGCACCAUUCCAUGAGGGGGUGUGUUUUUCUCGAAAGCCUUCCACCUGAUCAUCAACACAAUCAUACCAAUGAUACUACUCUUCCCCCGGUAUGCAUCUCCGGGGACACUUCCAGAUUUCGUUACACUUACAAAGGUGGUCUCCGGUCUGCAAUUCGCGUGGCACGAGUUGUUUCCGAGACUGUGGCACUCAAUCACUCCAAUGUGCGUUGGUAUGUCUUCGGAGAUGAUGACACGGUUUUCAUCCCGGAGAAUUUGGUGAAGACUCUUUCCAAGUAUGAUCAUGAGCUCUGGUACUAUAUUGGCGCCAACUCAGAGAUCUAUGAGCAGAACAGAAUUUUCGGAUUUGGAAUGGCUUUUGGUGGUGCAGGUUUUGCUAUAAGUUACCCUUUGGCAAAAGCAUUGGCAAAGGUGUUUGAUUCAUGUAUAGAAAGAUACCCACAUCUCUAUGGAAGUGACUCAAGGAUCUCAUCUUGCUUGGCUGAGCUAGGCGUAGGCUUAACUCACGAGCCAGGUUUUCAUCAGAAUGAUCUUCGUGGUGAUACGUUUGGCCUUUUGGCUUCGCAUCCAUUAGCACCCUUGGUAUCCCUGCAUCAUCUUGAGCACACAGACCCUAUCUUCCCCAACAGGACAACCAUGCAAGCUCUGCAGCAUUUAUUCAAAGCUGUGAAUGUUGAUCCUCAUAGGAUUUUACAGAAGACCGUUUGCUAUGAUAGAUGGUUCUCAUGGACAGUUUCGGUGUCAUGGGGUUAUGCUGUUCAGAUAUACGGAAACCAUAUGCCUCUGCGUGACGUCCUCCCGGUGCAAGAGACAUUCAAGCCGUGGAAAAAGGGACCUGUUUUGUCUGGAGUUUAUACUUUUAAUACAAGAGAACAUCACCCGGAUCCCUGUCGAAGACCAGUUGUUUUCUUUCUUGAUCAUGUGUCAUCGAGAGAGGAUGGAAUCAUGAGCAUCUAUAAGAAAUCUUAUGAAAAUUGCUCCUAUGACAUGGCUUCCCCCAGAAAGCUUGAGGAGGUCAGAGUGCUAUCACAAAAGCUGGACCUUGACAUCAAACAGUUGCAAGCUCCAAGAAGGCAUUGUUGUGACAUAUUACCUUCUACCGGUGGUGGGGUGAUGGACAUUGUAAUCAGAGAAUGCAAACAUGAAGAAUUAACAUACAUGCAUUCUUAGUAGUGUUUUAUAUAGCAUUACUGGCUUACUGCAAAUAGCUGUAUCAGAAUUUACAGGUAAUCUGUUACAUACUGUAUCUGGUGGGGGUUUGUACAACAUACCAGGACAGUUCAUAUAGUCUCUAAGAUAGCCGGAAUUGUAUGCGGAACUUUCAUAUUUGUGAAAAAAAAAAGAAAAAAAAAGAGAGUAAAUGGUAGGUUUCUAAUAUUAUGCCUCUUCCAGGCAAGAAUUUUGGCUUCACAAUCACUAGCCAAUAUGCUUCUCUCAUGCCUUUCUUCGUUCAUGGUUUGAUAUUCUGGUGUCCUAGGCCUAUGUAAAUAUGCCAGAUAUGAUUUUUCGACACGCGGAUCUAGUCUUGAAUUCGACUGCUUCCCUAGAUUGGAUGGAGAAUCUGACUUGAACAUAUUCUAAUGUAGAGUAAUUACUAAGCAAGGGAAGCAAUUUCGGGUUUUGAGAGAUUCUAAGUCGGAAAACAUGUGAGAUAACUUAAGAAGCAGGUCAGAGGCACCUACAGGAAGUUUUGACACAGUCUCUCUUUAUUUGGUUUCUGGCAUAGUUUGUUAAAAUAAUGCAUCAUGCGAAGACUUGUGAUCUGCAUAGUUUCUCUCAUAUAUUUUACAUAUUUUGGGCCCUAACUUGAUGGCUUUACAACCGCCCCAUUAUAAGGAUGCUGAAGUCUUGCUUUCAGUUUCUUCUUUACCAAACUGGAAAACAAAUGUACUCCAAAACAGAGAAUAUUCCAAAUUAUA